UCACAGUCACUAUUGCUUUGCUGUCGGCGUUAGUGCGAGUUCCGGAAUCUCAGGAAUUUGGGCUGUUCGUCUCCUCAAGCUCCUGCGGUAGCGAACUCAAGAUUUUCUGCGACUGAAAGGUUUGGUUCGAGCUCAUAAUGUCUCAAGCUGAUAAAAUGAAGCAAGGACAGUUUACAAACCCAGAGACUCCUGGGUAUGUGGGAUUUGCGAAUUUGCCAAAUCAGGUGCAUCGGAAAUCAGUGAAAAAGGGCUUCGAGUUCACUCUCAUGGUGGUGGGCGAGUCGGGUUUGGGGAAGUCCACGCUGAUCAACAGUUUGUUCCUCACUGAUCUCUACCCGGAGAGGGUCAUCCCUGGUGCUGCAGAGAAGAUUGAGCGCACGGUUCAGAUCGAGGCCUCAACUGUGGAGAUCGAGGAGCGUGGAGUGAAGCUGCGUCUCACUGUGGUCGACACACCUGGAUACGGUGAUGCCAUCAACAGCCAGGACUGCUUUAACACCAUUAUCUCCUACAUUGAUGACCAGUUUGAGCGCUACCUGCAUGAUGAGAGUGGACUCAACCGCAGGCACAUUGUGGACAACCGUGUGCACUGCUGCUUCUACUUCAUUUCCCCUCUGGGUCACGGGAUGAAGCCUCUAGAUGUCCAAUUCAUGAAGGCCAUUCACAACAAAGUGAAUGUAGUUCCUGUUAUUGCUAAAGCGGAUACGCUGACACUGAGGGAGAGAGAGAGACUCAAGCGCAGGAUUCUGGAUGAAAUCGAUGAGCAUGGCAUCAAGAUCUAUCACCUCCCUGAUGCCGAGUCUGAUGAGGAUGAAGAUUUCAAAGAGCAGACCCGGAUUCUCAAGGCCAGCAUACCGUUUGCCGUGGUGGGAUCCAACCAGCAGAUUGAGGCUAAAGGGAAGAAAGUGAGGGGGCGUUUGUACCCAUGGGGUGUGGUGGAGGUAGAAAACCCAGAACACAAUGACUUCCUCAAACUUCGCACUAUGCUAAUCACCCACAUGCAGGACCUUCAAGAAGUUACUCAGGACCUUCACUACGAGAACUUCCGCUCGGAGCGCCUCAAACGGGGCGGCAGGUUGUCCUCCCAUGGUUACAUUCUGCCUUUGUCGCCUGCGCAAGGUCCGGAGCCAGAGGAAAUGGACAAGGAUAUAAUCUUACAGGAGAAGGAGGCUGAGCUGAGGCGGAUGCAGGAGAUGAUCGCUAAGAUGCAGGCGCAGAUGCAGAAACAUGGAGAUUGAGACGGCCCACACUUGUGAGAAACACGACGCAGACCUGUCGUUCGAGCUUGACCCAGUCAGACACGGAACGAGAGGAAGUGUUGCUAAUGUGGAGAAAGAGGAGAGACUGGUCCUUAGCUCAACUUGCUUGCCAUUGUCUUAGUUUCUUUCACUCUUGUGUGAUUAAAUGUGUUUUGUCAAAUUUUUUUAAAAGCAGUAAUAAGUGUUGUUGUUUUUUUUUGUUGUUUUUUUUUUCAAAUGCUGUUCCUGAUAUCAAUUUUUUUUUCCUGUUCCAGUAACCAAAAAUGAAGAGCAACCAUUAGUAAUUUAGAAAAACAAAACCUGUUACGAAAGCCAAAUGCUGCUGAGAAGGAAUUUUCUACUGUAGAGCACCUUUAUUAGUAGUGACCACUCAAACUCAUUUCUGUCCCAUCUAGCUUAACAAACACUGUGAAAAUACAAGCAGCUGUUGAAUUUGAGUGUGGGUUUUUUUUCAUACUGUUUCUAAGCGUUGCCAGAGAGAUUGCGGUCAUCCUGUACGGGACUUUUCUGAAGCACUUCUCUCUUCCCUGCAUGAAGUCUUGAAAUAUCAGUGCUGUUCAGUUGAAUGGUCCCCAAACUGAUGCAAAACAUUAUACUGUGACCCAUGAUUCAUUCCCUGUGCCGGUUAAUGAAGAAGCAGCUCAUUUUGCUGAUUUAUUUUUUUUUUUUUUGUACCUGAAUGCAUACUGUCAUGUUUGUACUAUCAGACAUUAUUAUGAGUGCAAUGUGAAAUUUACAACAUCAAACAUCAAAAUAUGCUGUUGUGCCCUUUGACCUUGAUGCAUGCCAAAUUUGUACCUCCUUUUGGGAUCUAUGGUUAAAAUAGUUUAUCUUAUUCCUGUGGUUGAAUCAAAUUUCCAUAUUUUAAGUGAAAAAUUAAGUAUGGGUUUCUAUAUGUUACACAAAAGCAAACUUUUAUAUAGUUGAAUUUGCUUUCCAUAUUUGGUCAUUCCAGCCUUAAUGUUUCACUUGAGAACUUUCUAUUAAACCAUCACUGUCUAUUAUCUUUUAAUAAAAUUUUGUAUUGAAACA